GGCGAACCGACGCUCUUCAACCCUUGGCAAUAAUGUAGCGAUCGGUUGGUGCAAAAAUGCUGAAGAAAACAGUUGAUCGCUCUCAUCCCCGAGACAAGCUCGAAGAAAUUGUAUGUCGGAUUGUGCUUGUUAUUCAAUUCACAAUGCGAUCCGUUCGGGCAAGGGAACACGAAGAAAUUGGCAGGAAGAUGCCCGAGUACGUAAGAUGUCGGAAUCAAUGUGAUACUCUCGACUGUGGUCUUUUGGUCUGCAUGUUUGGCAAGUGUUACGCUCACACGAAUCCAACAGUCAAUCCCAUUGGUGGCAUCAACGGUGAGUUUGAUAAUGUGAAGAGCUACCACAGUAAAAUUGCGGCCAAAAUAAUGAAAGGUUUGCCCUCCGAAUCAUAGACUUUGAUGAGCAGCACAUGUAAGUGAACAUCUGUAAUGAAUUUAGAUGGAUUUGAGAUUGAUUUGGGUUG